AUGCCUGUUAUUCCUGAGUCGUCGGACUUUCCAUCUGUGCUCAAAAAGGGAGAGAAUGAGUCUCAGAAUAAACCAAACGAAGAGUCUCAGAAGGCAUCUGCCAAAGACUUCUUGUCCAAGGGUCCUCAUAUUCCAGACAACAUGCCCCCCAAAGCUUCUAAGGAAGAGCUCGAGGCACGCAUGAAAGAACUGAACAAGUGA